AUGAAGCCGUAUAAUAAGACACUAGAAGAUAUGAAUUCCGGAAGACGGGGUGGGUCAACGAGAAUCGGCAGCGGUAGACUGCAGGAGGGGAAGUCACGUACGUCAAAUGCAUUACAUGAUGACAGUAGCGCCUCGAGCAGCCGACAACCGUCGAAGAUAACUUCUAGAGAUCCUCCACGUGAUUCUCGUACCGACCGACGCCAUGCGCGUGAUGAUAGGCGUGAUCGUGCGACAGAAUCUCCAAGCUCUGGAAGGAAAAGUAACAGCCGUAGUGAGCCAACAUUAAAAAAGGAGCUGGAGCCUGCAGUUACUAGCACUGCUGAAAACGAUUAUAUAAUAGAAGGUCUAGCUUUGCAGCGACUUUGGGACGAUAAACCAGAUGUCGACAGUCUGGCGAACUCACUUAUGCAGCUCUAUGACAAUCUGGAAUUCAAGGAAGGAGAAACGGAUACGCAGAAGGACCUCCUUGACAGGAUAGUUCUCACGGCGCUACGUGUAAAAUCAAAAAUGGAGGCACAUAUAAGCAGAGUUAGCUUGAGAAUGAAAGGGGCACUGCAUCACGCACGUCACCUAGCAAUGAAACGUGCUUGUAUAACAAAGAACAUACCCAAUAUAAAGCGUGAUCUAGUCCUAAUGUGUCAGCAACGACUUUGGAAUAAGAGCGUUAAUGAUCAUUAUGAGAAGGUUUACAAGGUACUUAACAAAAUACCCAGCGUCCCACUACUUGAGGAGAGGGCAAAACAGUUGAAAGAUAAACAAAAAAACAUUCUGGAGACUAUCGAAUCUAUAAAACAACAAAUAACAUCGCAAAAGUCGCAACUAGAAGAUAUUUGCCAACUUCUAGUUGCUGCCACCGGUUCGGAAUCGCCACAAAGAACCUGA